UGGAGAAACUGGAUUCGGAGAUUGGAGGGCUAUAGAAGCAAGUUGGUCUAAAGGCAAAGCAGGGUUGCCAUCCCCUUUUCAAGGCUUGUUGGAUGUAAAUGCUGUCAAUCGAAGCAAUCUCUCUGCCCUUGAUAUGCUGUUGUUGUUCCCAAGUGAAGCUGGCGAUAGAGAAAUCAUGGACAUCCUUAGCGGUGCUGGAGCUUUAAGGGCAAGGGAUGUAAACCUCUCUCCGAUGGCCUCCUUGGACUCUCGAACCCUCUCAGAGACUAAUCACUUACAACCAAAAGAGUUGGAGUACUUCAAGUUUAAGAAGGGCCGAGAUUCACCAAGUGAAGCUCGCGGCACGCUCUUAAUUAUAGCUGCUUUGGUGGCAUCUGCAACCUUCCAAGUUGCAUUCAAUCCUCCAGGUGGGGCGUGGCAAGAUAAUUAUUUCCCAAACCAAAAUGAUAGUCAUAGCGCCACCAUCAGCAAGAAACAUCUUGCAGGUUGGUCUAUUUUGGGCACCUCUAGUGGAGUUUCAUUUUCUUUAUUUGCGGUUGUCAACUCAAUAGGGUUGUCGGUCUCUCUUUACAUGAUCAAAGUCCUCACCAGCAAAUUCCCUUUGGAGUUCGAGCUUGGAUUGUGUAUGUUGGCCAUGUUUUUCUCAUACAACACUGCAAUGAUAAUUACUUCUCCAGAGGACGUGAGGGUGGUGGUCAUUAUUAGUACAGUAAUCUUAACUUCAAUUACACCACUUUUGAGCAAGUGGACACAAAGAUUGAUAGGGUGGAUCAUAUAAUUUACAGUGGAGAAAAUCCAUAGGAUCAUUUGAACUUUGAAGUACGGAUUGCCAGUAAUUUCAUGAAGGCUGUAAAGUCUUGGAUACUUUCCUUUGCUUCUCACUAGCCAAAGAACAGUGAUCAGAAAAAGUGCAAGUAGAAGUUGUACUAUUGCCACAUAGCUUUAUCUGAUUGAUCCUAUAAGCCUUGUAAAAAAAUUUAAUUUCUCCUGAAUCUUGCAAGGAAAAGCUAUUAUUAUUAUUAUUAUUAUUAUCAAAUAUAUUGGCAGGUCUAGACUCUAGAAACUGUUUUACAAAAAGAAAAAAUACAUAGAAAAGCAAAGGUAGUGCCAUGGAGUGGCAGGUUGUCCAUAUACCAAGGUCGGCUAAUGAUCGGACAGACCAGUUAGCUAAAGCGGGGGUCAAUAGAGGGGACAAUCUGCUGCAGUUCUAUGGCUAAGGUUAUGUGUGCUGUCAUGCCAGAGGGGUCUGUGGCUAGGUGCUGUGCUACAAUGGAAUGCUGAGGAAAGGUAUGGUAUGAGAGACGUUGCAAGAAUUUCACAGGGUACCAGUUGCUCGACCUUGUUUUAAAUUUCUUACCCUCUUCUUCUUGUAUAUCCAGUUCCUAUGUAGUAGUCAUGGCGGUGUUCUUUUUUGUGUAAUAGAUUAUUGUGUGGGGAAGUUGCGUGCCUGUGUUUCUGAGUUGUAUCACCAUUACUGGACAUCAACGCAGCAGGUUCUCUGCCUGAUUUAUGUGUU